GUUUCUGUGUUGAAAGGUGGUCACGGCCAGGCGGUGAACGAGGCGGCCAUCUUCCACGGCUGGGUGGUGCAGCAGGUGUCUGAGUUCCUGGUGACCCUGGACCGAGACCUCCAGAGGGGGGUGGGCGGACGCCUGGACUCCCUGCUGGGACAGUGCAUGUAUUUCGGCCUGUCCUUCAGCCGCGUCGGGGCAGACUUCCGCGGCCAGCUGGCCCCGAUGUUCCAGCGCGUGGCGGCCGAUACCUUCCGCAAAGCUGUAGAGGAAGCCAUAGACAGGUUCCAGGAGGACAUGAACCUGUACACUCUGAUCUCUCUCCCCUCUAUGCUGGGUGGGGGCUCCAUGCCAGGUACCCUCCAGCCCCCCAGUACCCAGCCAGGUACCCUCCAGCCCCCCAUGGCUCUGCUGGACUUCCCCCCUCUGGCCUGCUUCCUGAACAACAUCCUGACGGCCUUCAACGACCUCAGGCUCUGUUGUCCCCUCGGUCUGGCCCAGCAGGUGACCAAGUACCUGGAGGACGCCCUGGUGAAGGUCACCAAGUUGAUCGUGGCGUUCCACCGGGCUGAAGAGACGGCCUUCAGCGACCGAGAGAAGGAGCUGUUUGUCCAAUUCUGCUGUUCCUUUGCUGGGGACCUGGUGCCUUUCCUCAACCGUUGUCUACAGGUCCUGUUCCCCCAGCACAGCUCUCUGUCAUGCUGUCACAGCUCCUCUGUCAUACUGGGUAAAUACUCUGUUCCCCAGCACAGCUCUCUGUCCUACUGGGUGUCCUCCAACUCAAGUCCACCAGUACAGCGGUCUGGGUUGUAUCGAUGUGAGUCCAGUCCUGAGCCUCUGGCGUUUGUUCUUCCCAAGAGGGAGACGGUGACUCCGGUGGGAGAAGACCUCGGUGUUGAGCUGGACGGUUUUCACCACAGCUGA